GUCGCAAAGACAGCGCAGGCAGCGGUGGUCGGAAAGAUAGGAUAACGAAACUGUUCGGUUUUGGACGAGGUCACCCACCCACCUGGGCAUUCCUCCUAUUGCUUCCCAUUGCCUCCCCGGAUGGCUUUCCAAGACGGCAGGGCCGCGCUAUGCUCCAACUUGGUGCACCAUGCCCGACAUCAUUGACCUCCUUUCCAGCCCCGCAUGCCCGCCCUCAUCACCCCUCCUGCUCCCUCCAACACUGUCACGGAAACCGACAGCUACACUCGCCAGGCCGGCCGCCACACGGCCUGUUCAUGGCGUUGUCGACCUGACUGACGACUCUCCCCGCCCCGCGCCAACGACGACCAAUGCGCCGGCCGCCGAUGGCAGUGGCCGGUCCAAGAGGGACCACCCCGCGGCGAGCGGCAUCACGCCCAGCGGCCUGUAUCUUCUCUCGGAUGACUUUGACACCACGGGCGAUUUGGACUUUAGCGUCGUUGCUGCCACGCCCGACCCGGCCGAGCGGGCUGCCAAGCGAGCCCGGCUCUCCCCUGGUCGCGCCGUGGGGAGCGGUGCGCCGUCGGAGAGGGCCAGAGAAGAUGGGAGCGGGAGAGCGGCGGGUCAGCUGAACGGCGGCCGUUUGCAUUCGGCAGCCGCCGGCAAGCUCCAUGCCCGCCCCGGCGUCCUGCAGCCAUCCGGCGUGAGGCGCUGGAACUCGGCCGCAGAUCCGAUCCAGCACUCGAGCUCUCCCGACCACGCCUGCGCGCCCGCCAGGGGAAAGGGAACGUCGACGAUGGCGCAUCCACCGUCGCGCAUCCGCCUCUACGAUGAGUUUGAGGACCCCUUUGCCAGCAGUAGCAGCCCUGCUGUACCUCGGACGGCGGCUGUGACGUUGGGGCGGAAGGAGAACGACUGCGCUCGCACUCGAAAGACGUCCAUGUUGGCGGUCGGAGGAGACAAGGGAAAGGUGGAUGCUGCGCCGCCUGUCCUCAGCUUGCUGGACGACGACGACGACGACGACCCCUUUGCUAGCCCCGUUGCCCUUCGGGCAGUGCCCCCUCCGGCCGCCGCAGAGAAUAAGCGGCAGAAGCCUGCAGCUGCCUGGGACCCUAUAAUGUCUAGCUCUGCUCCUGAGGAGAUUAUAUCCAAAUCCCGGGGUGUCGGUUUCGGCACCGUCUCGCCACGCCGAGCGCCUCGCAAAACGGGCAUGGAAAGAUCCAGGUCCGAGGUGAUUGACAUACUAGACUCCUCUGAGUGGGAGGGCGGCGGCAGUAGGCCUGGUAGUGCGGGCACGCUCGCGUCGGACGACUCCCUCCCAGAUGUGGAAGACCUGGACUUUUCGAAGAUAAGGUCAGAGCGUCCUUCUGCUACUGCAAGUAAAGGGGGUCGGAGGAAAGCCGGCACCACAGCCAGCGCCGGUGCCGCAUCGUCAUCCCGUGCGGCGGCGGCGAAGCCUAGCAAGGCAGCGGGCUCAUCGUCGGCCACAGUUGUUCUGAGCGCCGCAGAAAAGGCAGACAAAGCAGCGGCCAGAGAGGCCGAGAAGGAGCGCAAGAAGCUGGAGAAGGAACAGGCGCGUGCAGAGAAAGCGGCUGAGAAGAUGCGGGCGGCGGCCCUCGCUGAGAUCAACAAGGCCAAAACCGACAAGAAGCACUCGGCGCCAGAGAUGAUAGUCGACCUGCCGGCCGGCUUCAACCCCACGAUCAAGCUUCAGGUCGAGACACUUCUGGGCGAGCUUGAGGUCGAGUGCACUACCAUCCCACAGGAGGAAGGCGGGAACUCCCUCGCCGAUGAUGUCGUGACUUGGCGGCGCAAGGUCAAGAGCAGAUACGACAGCGAGCUGGGCCAUUGGGAGCCGGCGCCGUUGCGCAUCGAGGAGGAGGAGCACGUCCUGGUCCGCCUGUCCGCCGCCGAUCUGGUGAGCCUGGCACAGGGCCGUGGACAGGGUGCCGUCGAGGCUGCCGACGGUCAGCAAGAAGGCGCCACCCUCGAUGACCACGUCGAGCAGAUGCGGGCUCGGUUCCCGGGGCGCAAGCUCAUCUAUCUGGUUGAGGGACUAGUAGUCUGGAUGCGCAAGAACCGCACACUUAGGAACCGACAGUUCACCGCCGCCGUGCGCGGUCUCGCCGACGCCGUGCCGGCCGCGGCUGCAGAAGCAGCCGCCCUGGAGCGGGCUGGGCAAACAGGCACGGGCUCACGGCGUCGCAAGAAGGCGGCAUCAACACCCGAGUACGUGGACGAGGACGUGGUCGAGGAUGCGCUCCUGAGCCUGCAGGUGGUCCACGGGGCGCUGAUCCACCACACUGCCGUGCCCGUCGAAUCAGCCCAGUGGAUCGUGGCCUUUACCCAGCACAUCUCGACGAUCCCUUACAAGCGCACGCGCGAGCGCGCCAACGACGCCGGGGCCGCCUUCUGCAUGGACGCGGGCCAGGUUCGCACGGGCGACGGCGCGGCCGACACGUACACGCGCAUGCUGCAGGAGAUCGUCCGCGUCACGGCCCCGAUCGCCCACGGCGUCGCCGCCCGCUACCCCACCGUCGCGCGGCUCGUCGCGGGGCUCGAGGCGGCCGGGCCCCUGGCCCUCGAGGCCGUGCCCCGGAGCGCCAACCGCGAUGGCGAGCCCUCGGACUGCGCCGUCGGCCAGGCCGUCAGUCGCCGCAUGCACAAGGUCUUUACGGGCCGGGACCCGGGGAGCACGGAUGUCUGAUGUGGGGUGGUCUGGGUGGACUGGUGGUACUCGGGGGCGGAAGGUUGGAAAGGGGUUGGGGGGCUUCUUUUAUCCGCUGAGUUUCUGUCCGUUUCUGUCUGUGCUACGAUGGCGAUGAAUAUAUCAUGCAUUAUGGAUUUUUGGAGGAUUGGUCCCGAAAUGGAUGCGUCAUAGAUAUCGCCUUUUCCUGGUCCUCCCUCUUCUCCCGCAGUCGAAUCCCACUCGACCACAACUACCCGAUGCAACCUCUCCUUCCCCGAGGCGGCGGCAGGCUUCCGCUGGGAUACGCGGGGCCCUACCCAAACGAAGCCCAUCAGGCUCGACGGGUCUUGUCUGUAAUCCAGCUGCCAGCGAGGAUUUCUCUCUCACGGCAGCCGCUUUCCCGGAUACAGGCGCCGACUGCCGUUUGAACACGCGGUUUGGCAGGAUGGCGGAGCUUGGAACACUGAAUUAAGUGAGCGUGUCAAGUUGGCGUUGCAGUGCUAGACUACUCUCCGCUACAGAUAUGUACUGUUAUUGGCGUCUUCUAGACCGAUAAACGUCAAAUUGAUCACAUCGCAGGCUGAUUUGCA